GGAACAUUGAUGAGUUCCUCUCUAGCUAACACAGGAACUCUUGGCUAUGAGUCUGUAAUAGUUCUUGUGGAUAUUCGGAACUCUUGAUAUGUAACUGUGUUGCUCCUCUUGUGACUUCAAACUGGAACAGAUACAACUUCCAGCUCUGAAACUCCAUUGACUGUUCCAAGUGUACCUCAGGAACUUCACCAGUUUAUUCAAGUUCCUAUCCUAAUAGAAACUUGGGCAUAUGCCUGUUCAAAGUCAUUUAGCAACCAUAAUCAGGAAGUUUGCAAUAUGUGUGUGUCAUCAACCAAAACUUAGGAACAACACUGUGUAUUUGAAGAUGGAUGCAAUGAUGAGUUUGGUGAUUGGUCUGAAAGUGAUUCAGACUUUUCAGAUUUAGAUGUGGAAUUUGAACCAGGGGAAGAGGACAAAAAUAACUAGAGGAGGAUGAGUUGUUCUGUGAGCCAUUGUCUACUGUUUUGAGGGGAAAUAAGAGGGUAGCACCUGAGGUGGAGGUAGAUAGGGUGGCAGUACCUGGGGGGUGGAUAAACAGGAAGAGAAAGUUAAUGAGGAGACAGGAGGGCAGUCUAGGCCAUUAAUUGUAGAAGUUCCAGUGGAUCUAGAAGAGGAGGUGGACUAUGAUUCAGAGGAGCUUAGAAUUAUUUGUGGUUCAGAUGAUAAAGUAGAUCCAUACCCUACCUUUAAUCCAGAGUCAGACUUCAAGAAAAAGGUUGUGCUCAGUUUGGGUUUGAAGUUCCCGAGUGUUCAUGCUGUUAGGAAAGAGAUUAGGUAUCAUUCGAUCAAGAACUACUACGAUUACUACCUUCUUCAUAAUGGAAGGAAGAGGGUGAGUGUGUAUUGUAGGUAUAGAUGUAAUUGUCCAUGGGAGAAAAAGCAUGCGAAGCUUGUAAAGUGUGUGUGUGUGAUGAUCCUAAUAAGUGUAGGUUUAAGAUUCAUGUCAAGAAACUAAGGAUGGAAGAAACGUUUCAGAUCAAGUCUUUAAGGUUAAAGCAUACUUGUGGUGUGGUUCAUUCAGGUUCUAAAAUCACAUCGGAGUGGUUAGCUGAGAAGUAUUUGGAGGAGUGGAGGUUAGAACCAUAUUGGAGGCUUGUGAAGUUUAGGGAAAGGGUUUACAAGGAAACGGGGCUACAUAUUGGAUACUACAAGUCAUGGUUUGCUAGGGCUAGAGCCAAAUUGAUUCUGUAUGGGGAUGCUGCAGAUGAGUAUGCUGAUGUGUAUGAAUAUGGGUAUGCAAUUCUUCAAUACAAUCCUGGUUCUUCAGCCUAUGUACAAUGCCAGAUCAGAGACAACCCCACUCCUUUCUUUUAGAGAUUGUAUGUUUGUUUUUAGGCUCUCAAAGUGGGUUUUAAGAGUGGAUGUAGGCCCCUAAUUGGAGUAGAUGGUUGUCACCUUAAAGGGGCUCAUCCAGGAAUGAUCUUAGUGGUUGUGAGCAAGGAUGGAAAUAACAAUAUUUUCCCCGUACCCUGGGCAGUAGUGGAAGUUGAGAAUGCUGACAGUUGGACUUGGUUUCUUGAUUUGUUGAUGAAGGACAUAGGACACCAUGACGAAGAAGAAUUGACUCUUAUGUCUGAUAGGCAAAAGGGACUAUUGGAUGCUAUUUCUGUUGUGAGUUCAAAAGCCGAGGUCAGAUUUUGUGCUAGACACAUAUGGGCUAACUUCAAGAAUAAAUUCAGUGGCACAGCCUAUAAGGACAUGUUUUGGGCAUCAGCAAGAUCAACAACUAAGCAUUGGCAUGACUCUUACAUGGCUGAAAUCAAAGAGCUAAACGAGGAUGCGUAUAACUACUUGAGUGGCAUACCUUCUGUGCAUUGGUGUAGACAUGCAUUUGGAUCGCAGUCUAGGUCUAAAUGUUUCUCAACAACUUUUGUGCGACAUUUAAUGCUGUGAUAAGGGAAGCUAGGGAUACACCAAUAAUAACCUGCGUAGAUUGGAUUAGGAGGUACGUAAUGAGAAGGAAUGCUGAAAAGUGGGAGGGUAUUCAGAAUAAUGAGUGGAGGUUUAUGCCAUUUGUUGAGAAGGUUUUAGCUUGGGUUUUUGAAGCAUCUUUGAAUUGUAUAGUCUUCCCUUCUAGAUUAGAUGAAUGGGAGGUGGAAACUGCUUUUGAUAGGCAUGUGGUAGAUUUGAGGGCGUUGACAUGCACAUGCUUUAGGUGGGAGUUAACGGGAAUACCAUGUCCAGAUGCUUAUGCAUGUAUUGUGAAGAAGGGGUGGAGGCCUGAAGAUUUUUUUCAUGAGUGUUACUCAAAGGCCAAAUACUUAGAAACUUACUCCCCUCAUAUCAAGCCAAUGCCCGGGAUGAAGCAGUGGAAGAAAACAGAUUUGCCACGACCUUUGCCUCCACUGUUAAGGAAAAUGCCAGGAAGGCCUAAGUCACAUAAGAGAAAGAAAGAAGAAGGUGAGGAUGCUGAGGAGAGGUUUGUGAAGCGAGGGAAAAAGCCGAAUAAUUGCUCAAACUACAAACAACCAGGCCACAACAAGAGAAAGUGCAAGAAUCCACCUGGUGUUAUUCAACCCAAGGAACCAGGGAGGGAUUACUCCAAGAAUCCAUGGGUUGUUACUGACAGAAACAAGAGGGCUGCAAGAGUUUUAAGGAGGUAUAAUGCUGAAUCUAGCUUCAAUGAAGGUGCAUCAGGCAGUCAAGCACAUCAACAAAACUAAAGUGCAUCUACCAUGCAAUACACAUUUAAUGCUCCACCUCAAUCCAGUCAGACAGGAAGUUAUCAACCUCCUACACCCAGUCAGACCUCAAGUCAGCAACCAGCUCAGACAGCAAGUCAGCAUCCAGGUCCAUCCAGCCAAACAUCAACUUAUCAGCCUCAAAAAUCACUCCCUCCAAAACUCAGACCCAAAUUGCAGACAACAAAGAAACUAGUGUGGCAUAUUUAAGUAUUGUGUUGGUUGUAAUUCCUUUGAACAAGUAGUUAAGGUUUUUAAUUAGCAACAAGGUUACAUUUUGUCAAUGUUUGAGGCUGAUUUCAGUAUAUGAUUUCAGUAUUAGGUGCAAUUCUAAUUAGGUGCAAGGUUUAUAUUGGAACACUGUGUAAAGAUUCAUUUGCCCCUUAAUUAUAUUUGACGUUCGAGCUCGGCUCACGCGUGGCUCGUUUUAGUUAAGUGCAGGUUUAACAAGUUGUUGUUCUUGUUGUUCAGUUGUUGAAUUGUUGUUAAGGAAAAUAAGAUGAUGUUCAGGUGUGGUUGUCCUCCACUUAAACUAAGUUAAUGGAC